AUGACCGAUUUCUUGACGGCCGUAUCCACCAAGAAGGUUAAGAGCCCCGAACCUCUCAUCCAGGAUGUAAGGAGUCUGGACAUACAAGAAGAUGCACUUUUUGUCAAUUCUACAGAAUCGGCCCUCGGAGCACUAAAGAACCAACCUAAUCGCAAGACAGUUAGCAAAGUCCUGAGCUACCUCACCACAGAAGGAUUUAGCCUUCUACUACCGGAACCAUUGAAUGCAAGCAUCGCGCAUCAACUCAUCAACGAUACCAUCCCAAAUUACUGGAGGACCAUUAAAGGCUCGAUUGAAGUUUUGAAGCUAGAAGACAUUCUCCGAAAUCCAACAGGACUUGGACAUCUCAAUACAAGGCUUCGUUCGCUUAUUGCAGACAGUCGCCAAAAGAAGGCACCCGGUGACGCGCGGAAUACAGCUGAGCACAUCGCGGAUACCCUCGAGAUAUUGAGUUCAGUACUGAGCGGGGAUGAAACAUCUCACCGCGUGUUGCAAGACGUCUUAGCAUAUGGUAAGAACUCAACGCAAAGAAAACUCAUCUGGAAGGAGUACCUCGCGCAAGUCGCGUCCGGCCGUCUACUAUCGAUCGCAGCGGAGGCUGAAGACAUACUCAAAAAGAGUGAUGGGGUUUAUCAAGACGCUGUCUGGGUCGCAGACGGUAAAGAGUACGCGGCAUGGUUAGGGCGCAACAUCGCCAUUUUACUCGAGCGCAGCUCAAGUAGCGAGGAGGGUCUCACUGCAGUUAUAGAGCUUUGCUCAAAAGCACUGAGCUUGGGUUACACUGUCGUGUUGGUGACCAAAGAAUACUUCUCUGUAGAGAACGUCCUUAGAGAUGACGCCUCUAUUGCAGUGUCUUCCACCGUUUCCUCUGCUGCUGCUCUAUUUUAUACACUUAUCAAGGACAAUGACGUUCUAAAAGAGCAUCUCGUUUCGUUACUUUCGCGAUCAACAAUACCUGCGCUCGACGAGUCACUCUUGUCCCGACGGAGUGCAUUGGCAGCUCUUGCAAAGGAUGACGAGAAGUUACAUACUCUUCUCGAGAAUCUCAUAAAAACCUUUGGCGAUUCUGUAUACAUAAGGCAUACGCCUGUACUGCAGCAAGAAGCUCUUGCUCAGACCUUGGCACUAUGCAGUGGCUACGUGAAGCGUUCGCAGCCUAUGUUUCUCAUGAUGAUGGCAAAGUCAACAUAUCAUGUCAACGGCAUGUCAAACCGCAUAGGAGCAGCAUCUACGCGAGCUCGCUUCUUGGGUAUUGCAGUUGGUGUUGCCAUUUCCAAAAUGGUUGACAAGCCGGAACUUCAACUCAAGUUUGAAUUAGAGGGUGCCGAAGCAGAAGAAGCGAGUUGGUAUCAACGUCUUACCGAGGUCGACGAUAGAGUUGGAGACAUUACGGAUUUUAAGACAAAACGCGAUGACAUUGCACCAGCAAAGAAAGUCCAGUCAAAGCCCAAGUCAACCCCUAGAGCGCCCAAAGCUCCCGCAAUCACCGAGAUGCAAGGCCCACGGGUCGUUGAAGUCAUGUCAGACUCUGAAGAUGAAGAUGCAGAUCUGAUGGUGUACGAGAAGCCAGACUCUGAUCCGGAAGACGACACAGACGACCCAACGGCUAUCAACCGCAACAAACCUACCGCACCCGUCUACAUCAGGGAUUUGAUCGCGGGGCUGCGAGACCAGGAGAACUACGAUCGCCAUGAACUUGCUUUAGCCACCGCAGCAUCUCUGAUUCGCCGUAAGGCGAACUUCGGAACUGAAGUAACGGAUCACCUUGAAGAAUUAGCCACUUUGCUUACCGGGUUGCAAGACAAUUCGGAGCUAGAAGGCUUCGCACAGCAACGGCAGCAGGCACUGAUCGCCGUGCUACUUGCGAAGCCAGCACAAAUGGCGCAGUGGUUCGCUCGGUCUUUCUUCUCGGGUGAUUACAGUCUACAGCAACGCAUCGCUAUGCUUACAACUCUGGGCCUCGGGGCGCGUGAGCUAGCAGGUAUGAAGGACACCUCGACCAACGAUCUGGUACCAGCAAAGCCAGACUUCCCCAGCAAACAGCUUCCGCCGCACCUCCACAAGAUUUACGCUGAGGACAACAACGCACCUACAGUAGCGAAGAUCUCAAGCAGCAUGGCGCGUGAGAUGCUGUCACCCAUCGCUAGCCAGGCAGCCGACCAGCUCAGCGGCCCUAACAUCUUGAAAGUCCGGACCUUCUCUUCGCGCAUGGAGGUCGAGAAGAAGCGACACAAGCCCAUACCGAACGCACUUGCGCAGAUCGUCGCAGACAACUUCUUCUUCCCGCUCAGUGGCCGUUGGUGGCUCCAAAUCCGCGCGAAUAAUGACUCGAUAUAUGCGUCUACUCACCUCCUCCCUCCUUUCUUACAGACCUUGUCAUUGCUGUUGAACGCAUCUGGCCCGAACACGCUCGCUUUACCGCAGAUGACGCGUGAAUACUGGGACCUGCUACUGUCGGUGCGCGGACUCGCGAGCAAGGACAAGAACAUCCUGAACGCGGUCUUGUUCGGCUUCUUGAUGUUGCUUGAAACGAACGAGAACAAGGAGCGGGUGGCUACGGAGCAAGGUAAAGAACUUAUGGAGACACAGGCUUGGGUGAGGUCGGUAUUCGAAGAUUUAGGUACGGGAAGCGAGGAGGAUGAGAGGGUACGCGUGUUGGCUGCCGGCGUCGUGGUCCGGUGUCAGGAGGUGAUUGAGAAGUACCAGAGGAGGAUGGCAGGAGCGCUGAUGGACUAUUAG